AUGAAGCUCUCCACUUUGACACUCUUGGCUCUGACCACAGGUGCUAUAAGUGCACCAGUCGUCGAACGAGGAGAACAUGUCGAAUACCGCUAUUAUGAAAGAAAGAAUGGCGGUGACUGGGUACUAAUCGAGUAUGAUCCGCGCUGCCCUCCGGAGAAACCACCAGUGCAUCCCAAGCCUGUGGUUUCUUACCAUGAGCCCAAGCCGUACCACCCCGAGCCCAAGCCAGUCUACUACAAGCCUGAGCCAAAGCCUUAUCAUCCCAAGCCUUAUUAUCCCAAGCCGGAACACAAGCCUGAGCACAAGCCGAAGCCUCACUAUCCUCCUCCAGAGCACAAGCCUGAGCACAAGCCGAAGCCUCACUAUCCUCCUCCAGAGCACAAGCCUGAGCACAAGCCGAAGCCUCACUAUCCUCCUCCAGAGCACAAGCCUGAGCACAAGCCGAAGCCUCACUAUCCUCCUCCAGAGCACAAGCCUGAGCACAAGCCGAAGCCUCACUAUCCUCCUCCAGAGCACAAGCCUGAGCACAAGCCAAAUCCUCACUAUCCUCCUCCAGAGCACAAGCCUGAGCACAAGCCGAAACCCCAUUACCCUCCCCCGGAGCACAAGCCUGAGCACAAGCCAAAGCCUCAGUACUCUCCUCCGGAGCACAAGCCUCAGGCUAAGCCUUACCCACCUCCCAACUAG